AUGGCUAGCCUUUGGUUCAUGUUAGUGUUGUGUUUAACCACAUGGGUUAGUGUUAGUACCACACCCGACAAAACUAUCUUUGACCCUUUGGGGGAUCAUGGCGGGGACAAGAUCAUCUUUAAACCCUAUGAGAAUCAUGGCGCACCCAAGAGUAGCCAUGAUUCACCCAAGGGCCAUCAUGAUGCACCCAAGGGAAGUCAUGAUUCACCCAAAGGGAAUCAUGGUGCACCCAAUGCGCCUCAUGUUGCGCCCAAAAGGGGUGGUUCCACACCAAAGGGGCCUCGUGUUAGCCCAAAACAAAAACAAGCUCGACCAUUUUUUGUGUUUGGAGACUCGUUAGUUGAUAAUGGUAACAAUAAUUUCUUGAUCACGGGUGCUCGUGCGGACAUGCCCCCUUAUGGCAUCGAUUCUCCGGAUCAUAGUCCUACCGGUCGCUUUUCCAAUGGCCUCAAUAUUCCAGAUGUUAUCAGUGAGUAUAUUGGGUCUGAACCCACAUUACCAUAUUUGAAUCCUCAACUCACGGGUCAAAAACUUCUCAUUGGUGCCAAUUUUGCUUCGGCCGGAGUUGGUAUAUUAAACGACACUGGGUUCCAAUUUCUAAAUGUUUUACGAAUGCCAUUACAACUGGAGUACUUCAAAGAGUACCAACAAAGAUUAAGUCUUGCAAUUGGUGAUGAAAAAGCUAAACAACUUGUUAAUCGAGCAUUGGUCCUCAUUUCAUUGGGUGGCAACGAUUUUAUAAACAACUAUUACUUGUUUCCUGGUUCAGCUAGGUCUCAACUAACUUCUCUUUCUGAUUACGUUACCUAUCUCAUAGUCGAAUAUCGUAAGAUCUUGGAGAAACUUUAUGAAUUGGGAGCAAGGAGGGUGAUCGUGAUGGGAUUAGGGCCAUUGGGGUGCGCACCAGGCGAACGAAUGCAACAUAGUAAAACCGGUGAUUGUGCGACUGAUCUACAAGCUGCAUCCGCCUUGUUCGAGCCACAACUCACCCAAAUGGUUCAAGACCUUAAUGCCAAGUAUCAUGCCGAUGUUUUUGUUGCCGCCAACACCAAACUCAUGAAUUAUGAUAUGAUCUCUGAUCCAAAGGCAUUUGGUUUCAAAACAUCAACGACGGCUUGUUGUGGACAAGGACCAUUCAAUGGGCUUCCGGGUCUAUGCACGGUGACUUCGAACCUAUGCCCCAAUAGAGACGAGUAUGUAUUUUGGGACGCGUUCCAUCCGACCGAACGAGCAUGCCGAAUAAUUGGACAACAGAUAAUGAACGGUACACAUGAGUACAUGAAACCAGUGAACCUUAGUGUCAUCAUGGCUGUUGAUUCCAAAAUGUGA